AACAAACUACUAGCCAUGUGCAGUGCAGUUUUAUGCGGUAGUUUUUCAUUCUGCUGAAGUAACAAAUGAAAGAUUAAAAACAAGUUUUCGAAGUCCGAAAAGCGCUAUCAAAAUCUGUACUGGAAUUUUGUGCAUAAAUAUGUCUUGUCCAAAAUAUUUGAAGACAUUAAAAAGACUCUAUUCGUCUCAAUCUACACAAUGCAUACCUGUGAUUAAAUUACCUGUUUAUGUCAAACAACAAGCUAAGAAGAACAAAAUCAAAGACCUGAAUAAAGAACGUUUACUGAAAAGAAGGAUAAUCUAUAGGGGAAAUACAAGUAUUCCAGUUAUUUCUAGUACAGAAAAAGAAAAUAAUUACUACUUAGGACAAGUAUACAAUGAAAAAUAUCCCAUUCCUUUGCAGUCAAAGUGGUGGUACCGAACUAACUGUUCAGGACAGAAGUUCACAAUUAAUCCAUGGGAUUCAAAUCCUUCUCUGCCUAUGGUACCAAAGGUUGAUGAUGUAGAGGCGCUGUUUCCCACUCAUUUUUCACAAUUGCUUAGUAAUAGAAAUAUAUUGAAACAGCUGCAAGAAGGUGGUAUGGAAUAUCCUACUGGUAUUCAAGUUCUCACAAUGCCCAAAAUUUUGGACAAUAAGCAUGUACUUUUUGCUUCAGAGACUGGUUCAGGAAAAACCAUUGCAUACUUAGCCCCUGUGUUAGAACGUCUUGCUGCUAUAAAAGGCGAAGGCAAGAGGAAUGAAUAUCCCGAUACUCCAUUAGCUCUUAUACUUGUCCCUGGCAAAGAGCUAGCUCUUCAAAUUGGCCUUGUUGCCCAAAAUUUAAGCAAGCACUCAAAGUUAGCUAUAAAAGUUCUUGUGUCUGAUGGUGUUGAGGUUCAAGAAUUAGUUCCAUAUGACAACAGCUAUAUGGAUGUCUUAGUAGCUUCAAUUGGUACCUUUAAAAUUCUUUUCAAGAAAGGUGUUUUCAAAUUAGCAAAUCUGGAGUACUUAGUCUUAGAUGAAGCUGACACUUUGCUUGAUGACACUUUCAUUCAAGAUACAUCUUACAUAUUACAACAUGUAUCGGUAUGAAUUAUUUUCUUUUAGACUUGUAUAAAUUGAACUAUAUUAGUAAUAUAUUAGGGUCAUUCCCCAGAAAACGUAACUUUUGAACGCAAGUAUUUUUCAAUUUUGAAACCUUUUGCUUUCUUUUUUUUCGUAAUUACAUGAAAGUGUUACCUACUAGAAGUAACCAUAGACAAU